AUGUCGAAACAGCGAAAUGGAUACUUUGUGCUGGAUUUUGAGACUGGAAUGCUGCAGUAUUUUGUGAAUGAACAAAGUAAAAAUCAGAAGCCACGAGGAGCCGUGUCUUUAGCUGGAGCCAUCAUAUCUCCUAGUGAUGAAGCACCACACAUGUUGGUAGUAUACUCUGCUAAUGGAGAGAUGUAUAAGCUGAGAGCUGCUGAUGCAAAAGAGAAACAAUACUGGGUGACUCAACUUCGAUCUUGUGCCAAGUACCACACGGAAGGCAAUUCUAAGAGUAAUUCCUCACGAAACAGAAGCUUCUCUUUGCUUCCUCAUGGAACAACUAAUUCUGCAUCUCCUAGCAGUCAAAAACACCUGAGUCAAAGUGGGCCUACGGUUGUCACCAUUACACAUCACAAAUCUCCGGCAGCAGCCCGAAGAGCCAAGAACCAGCAGUCUGGUCAAAUCCAUGAAGUCAGAGAGAUCAUGAGCCAAGUGGAGGGACAGCAGAAGAAUCUUGUGCAAGCCAUUGAAUCCCUUCCAAGUUCUGGACCUCUCUCUGCCUUUGAUCAGGACUUGCUGCUUUUAAAAGCUACCUCUGCUGCCACCCUGAGCUGCCUUGGAGAAUGUCUGAAUUUAUUACAGCAGAGCAUGCAUCAAGUGGGCCAACACAAUAAUAGGACAUUGCCUUCAGAAAAUAUUCUGGGAUGGCAUGGGCCAAAGUCUCAUUCUACUGAUGAACUGAAAAAUGGUGCCCUCAGCUCCUUAUCGUCUGCUAGUGCCAGUUUAACAUGGGCCAUAGUACCAACUGCAAUGCAAGAUGGGCAAGCAUUACAGUCGAAUAGUGAGAAUUCAGCUCCCGAGUUGAUCUCAGUUGAAGAUGAGAUGACAGAUACCGAAGAUAAUGAAGAGGAGGACUUGGGAGUCAUGGAUGAACAGCGUAGUGUAAUUCUUCAUCUUAUCUCUCAACUCAAACUGGGCAUGGACCUUACCAGGGUAGUGCUUCCAACAUUUAUUUUGGAGAAAAGAUCCCUGCUGGAGAUGUAUGCAAAUUUCAUGGCCCAUCCAGACCUGUUUUUGUCAAUUGCAGCUGGAGCCACUCCGGAGGAAAGAAUUAUCUGCUUUGUGGAAUAUUAUCUAACAGCUUUUCAUGAAGGCCGAAAGGGAGCUGUUGCUAAGAAGCCCUAUAACCCAAUAAUUGGUGAAAUGUUUCAUUGCUCCUGGGAUGUACCUAAAGACAAAGUGAAACCUUUCAGAACUAAUAGUGCCUCUGCAGUUUAUAAAGACCAAACCAAGGAGUUUAGCCAGGACCAGUCAGAGUGUUACAAGCUGAGGUUUGUAGCUGAACAAAUAUCCCAUCAUCCACCAGUAUCUUGCUUUUACUGCGAGUGCAAGGAGAAGAAAAUGUGUGUGAAUGCCCACGUAUGGACCAAGAGCAAGUUUAUGGGAAUGUCAAUAGGUGUUUCGAUGGUAGGUGAAGGUGUUCUUUACUUGAUGGAUCACGAAGAAGAGUAUGUCUUCACCCUGCCCAGUGCCUAUGCUCGUUCUAUACUUACCAUUCCCUGGGUUGAGCUUGGAGGUAAAGUCAGUAUUAACUGUGCCAAGACCGGCUACUCGGCUACUGUCACAUUCCACACCAAGCCUUUCUAUGGAGGAAAAGUUCACAGGGUUACAGCAGAAGUGAAACACAAUCCCACCGGUACCAUUGUUUGUAAGGCACAAGGGGAGUGGAAUGGCAUGCUGGAAUUUACAUACAGCAAUGGAGAAACCAAAGUGAUUGACACCACCAAACUGCCAGUUAUCCCAAAAAAGAUUAGACCAAUAGUGAAACAAGGACCAUUGGAAUCAAGGCAUCUUUGGCAGCACGUUACCAGUUGUCUGAAAGAAGGCAAUAUUGAUGCAGCAACAGAGCACAAGCACCGCCUUGAGGAGAGGCAGCGAGUAGAGGAGGGGCAGCGUGUGGCUAUUAAUGCUCUUUGGAAACCAAAAUACUUUACCAGAGAGGGCGAUGGUUGGAUAUACUUCAAUCCCCUCUGGAAGUCCCAUUGACAAGACAAAGUGCACUGUUGUCUCAUAACAAAACCAUCUUAGAGGCAUUAAAAUGAUGCAGUAUAUAACCUUCAGGUGUCAUAAGUCCAGUUAUAACAAGAUACAAGUGGGAAGCUAUAUACUGUGAAUGAUGCAUCUCAAAAUAGCUACAAGCUCAAGUUUUAAUCUAGAGCCAUUUUGUAUGUGUGUGUGAGUACACACACAUACUAUGUAUUGAGAUAUAGAUAUAUAGAUAUAUAUAUAUUAUACACACUAACAGUGAUUCAAGACCUUUUCCUUUAAGUGGUAGUACACAGAGCUCUCACUGAAGUCAAUGAGGGUUCCCUGUGGUGUGCUUGCAGGAUCAGGCCUUGUGUUGGUAUUCAGAAUACUUUUUUAUUAGUACAGUUUAAGGUUUUCUAUUUUUCACUUUUGCCAAAAAUGUUUUGCACUUAUAAAAUGUGACUUGUCCCCCACAGGCCAUUGGUGAGUCUGAACAAUGGCUAAAUAAUUCAAAAUUUCACAUAAGAAUGAUGCAUUGACCAACGUUCUCUUCGGGGAUAUUGGUUUACUAGCAUGACUUCCUGUCACUUAUAAAUGUGCAUUUUCUGCCACCUUAUAAAAAGCAGCAAUAUCAUAAGAAAUCUGUUCAUUCCAGUCCUAGGUGUCCUGUUAGUUUGUGUUCCAGAGAGAUGCGUAAUAUUUUGCGUGCCCAUUUUUCAACCCAUUGACCCUGGAAAUGGUUGAGUGUCUGUCUGUGGCAGUGGUUAUGGUGGGGAAGGCCGGUGUUGUUGGGCCGACUUACUUGAAAGUCCAUUAGUUUUGUGUUAAAGCUCCAAGCAGUUCUGUAUUUAUUCUCCGGUCUCUCUCCCUUUUGGUUCAGUUGAUUGCUUUCUCAAAGCGAACUUAUGUCUAGCUGUCUAAUAAAAAACAUCUAUUACGCCAAAAAAAAAUGAUGUGGGAACUUACUUCUCUAUGGUGAAUAAGGGCUUCAGUAAUUAAAAAUUGUGGGGCCAUAAUGUUUUGCAAUGUAAAAAUCUAUAGUUGAUUUUACUUUGUAAGGUAACCACUGUGAUGAUAAGAAAGUAAACUUCAAAAACCAAUGUAUUAAAGUUUAGUUGCAUUUCAUUCUCUAUCUGUAAAAGUGAGAUGUGUUGAUUUUUGCGAGAUUGACACCAGAUUGGCUUCUGCUCAGUGCUUUUUUUUUUUUAUUUACAGUGCUCCUUAAAAACAUCACGGUAUCUCUAACACACUAGCAUGAAUGCCUGACUUUAUGGAAUAUUAAUUUUGUGCCUUUUGCCUACAUUCUUAAUACAAUUGCUCACACUUUCCAGAUACUAGACAAAUAUAUUCAGAUUGAAGUAUUGCUCGUAUCUGUUCGUACACAUCUGCAUUUUACAAGGUUUCUUGUUUGUUUUUUUUGGUGGCUGUUAAGGUUACUGAUCGGUAAUGGAAAGCACCAUUAAUUGGUCAUUUGGAACUGGCAUUUAAUUUACAGGAUCUUUCAAUUUUGCGCUUCAGAUUCUUAAUCAGGUGUGGUCCCCUUCCUCCCCGUCCCUCUCCCCCCAAUUAAAUUACUUUAUAUUUGCCUGUAUAUACUUAUUUCAGCAUGUGAAAGGCUAGGGUCUUUCUUACACAUAUUGAAACCUAUUAAUAAUUGUAGAAUGUACAGGCCAAGUUUUAAGAAACACUGUUUUGUAAGGAAAAUUCUAUUUUUAGGCUAAGUUAACACUCUGUAAUUAUGUCAAAAUGGUAAGAACUGAACUAACAAGUAUCUUCAGGAGGAUGUAUAUUAUUCAUGGUCUCCAGGAACCCGUACAUAUUGGAUCCACUCUUGUUUUAAAGAGGUUAGUCUGGUAAGUAACUGAAACAUUACAGAGUUAGAAGAUGGUAUCAUUACAAGGGGCAUUCUAAAGUACAAAAUCAAAUAGAUCAGAAUCAUAGUCUACUUUUCUCAAAAUCGUAGCUUUCACCCUUACCAAAGAACUGGCAACAUCAAACCUUCCACAUUUUUUCAAAAGUUAAGGUCUGCCUCAGCUUUGCUCAUGACUAUCCAUACUAGAAAGAUUCUGUCGCUGUUUGGAAGAGGAGUUGAAAUAAUUUUGCACUUCUAAUUUAGGGAUUUUCUUCUCUGCAUGGUGGUUAGUGCAUGAUGACAACAUUCUAUUCGUGUUCAAAUAAAUCCUUUUGCUUUCAAGGCUGUGAAGACUGCUGAUGUUACUAUGCUAUGCUCUCUCUUCUCUCUCCGCCUCCUUCCCACCACAAAUCAAUCCUGUAAGGCAGGUCAAAUACUUUUGCUUGAAAGAUCUGAAUCAUCAACAUAUCCCAAAAGGGAGAUUGGAUAAGUGUCUUGCAUAUUUUUAUCAGAAAAAAAUAUUCCAUAUAUUAUACGAGGAUACUGUAGAAGAGGAUUUUGAAGAUUGAGCAGUAAACAAGCCUUAUUCUAUAGCUUGUUUCAACAGGUGUCUGGCACUUCCAAGUGGAUACUUUCUUUUUGAAUAGCCAGUGUACACUUUGAAUUGUAAUGUAAAUCUUGAUGUACUUCAGAUCUAAUUUUUUGUGCACACCUGUAGAACCUAUGCAAACUUUUCUUUACGGUAUAACUGUUCAAAAAGAUUUCUACCUUUUAUUGUUUAAAAUUUUGAAAUCUGGCAGUCACUUCUGAUUAGCCUUCCUUUCAUAAUUGUGAAUUAAAACUACAAACUGACAACACU